AUGGGCUACCUCUGCAUCCUCACGGGGCACAGAUCCGUUGCACUCACUAACAUGACCAAGGAAAGUGUGGCUAGCUGUGUGAGUUGGAAUCGUGGGAAAAAAUACCAAGUUCUGGUGGAUGAGCACAAGACCUCUCGAUCUUUCAGUCAAGCUGCCUUCAUCCUUAAUAGAGAGGAGAUUGGGUGGCUUCGAAACCUGAGCGAAGGGACGUGCUGCAUGGAAGGUCGGAGCAGCCGGUAUGUGUUCCACACGGUACAAGGCAAGCAGAUGGAGAAGCCCUCCAUCUCCCUCCGUCUGGCGUGGCGAGACUCUGGGAUGCAAGGUGGCAUCAGCUUCAACCAGAUCCGGAGCAGUGUUUCAACUCAGGCCAGCCAACACCUCACUGAGAAGGAGAGAAAGCAGGUGGCAAAAUCUAUGUGCCACGAUCCCAGCACUGCGGAGAGGUUUUAUGUGGCUCUACCGGACAAAGAGACAAGCUACAGAACUAGAAAACUGAGAAUGAAGGCCCUGAGGAUGGCUUCUGCAAAGCCCUCUCAAGAGGACAAGACCAGUUCAGACGAGCAGGAAGCCCCCUCAGCUGGGACCUCCAGGUGCUAUGUAAAGCUUGCCAGGUUGAGCCAACCAACUGCAGAAUACUACCUCAACACAUUAAAUUCAGUGCUGUAA